GAAUAAUCGCGUUAAUCUCGAGCUGCUCACCUGUAGCACAGGUACGGUGAUAUUUCCGCCCCGACGCAUUUCACGCGAGUUCUUCUCAUGCUCACAGAGCUCAACAUGUUCUUGAAGAAUGGACAGCUCAACACCACCACAUGAUGAACUGGACUAUACUACAGUGGGUGCUUCUCUUGGCAUCUGCAGGGCAAAUCCAAAGCCACGCACUUCAUUUCACCAUCCUGGAGGAGCAAGAAGCAGGCAUUAAGAUCGGAAGUCUAAGCAGGAACUACUCAGCUCCAUACCAGCUCUUCGAUGAAUACAUCAGAGUGGAUGAAAGCACAGGGGAUCUGUUCACUAAAAAGCGCAUAGACAGAGAGACCUUGUGUCCAUCACAUCAGGAAAGAGACUGUACUUUUUCAAACACUGCAGUCGUGAGUCAUUCUGAAUUAGUGCUGAUAACAAUUGUUGUGGAUGAUAUUAAUGACAACGCUCCUAUUUUUGAGAGGAAUGAGAUUCAUAUACGCAUACCUGAAGAUGCAUCAAAUGGGACAGGUUUUCCACUGGAUGACCAAGCCCAUGACAUGGACUUUGCCAAUAAUGGCUUGAUACAUUACCAUUUAGAAGGCUCCGAUGGCUUUUUUGGCAUCAGACGAGAUGGGUAUGAACUUGAGCUGGUGGUACAAAGGAAACUGGACCGGGAAACUCAGGAAAACCACUUCUUGGUUCUUGUAGCAGUGGAUGGAGGUUCAGUGCCACUUAGCGCUACAGCUAUUCUCAAUGUAACUGUGACCGAUGUUAAUGACAAUUGCCCAGAGUUUGACGCCGAUAGCCCUAUCACAGCCAUUGUGCCAGGAUUAGGAAUCAAGGGCGCUGCGGUGGCACAGCUUAAAGCCACAGACAAAGACCUGGGCCAAAAUGCCCAGAUCACAUUCUCCUUCAACCGUCAGAUCUCAGACAGGGCCAAAACGCUCUUUCACAUGGAUGGACACACAGGCCUGAUCAGCUUAGCUGUUGACGUGCAGGUUGACAGUCCUGAGGAGCACGUGUUGAAAGUUUUAGCGAAUAGCCCACUUUGCCCCCCUGCUCAAACUCAGGUAACCAUAUACAUUCAGCCGAUGGCGAGUCCAGAGCCGACCAUAAAGAUCAGGUUUGUCGCAGAGAAUAAAAACCAAGUGAUCGUGUUACAAGAGAACGAGCCCCCCACUGUCUUGGCCCUCUUGGAGUUAGAAGACACCUCUAGUGAUAAAGGUACUCUGUCCUUAGAAGCAGACAGCAUGCCAUUUUCUUUGAAACCGAAAGCAGGCAGCUACUUGCUUUUAACAUCAAAACCUCUAGAUUUUGAGAUGUGCAGCGAGUAUGAUGUUACAGUUGUUAUUUCUGAUCCUCACGGCACACGCCUGCACGGAAGGAAAGUGAUCAAAGUGGUGGUUGAAGAUGUGAAUGAUAAUGCCCCAAAGUUUGAUCAAACACACUAUGAAAAGGACAUCAAGGAGAACAAUAUUCCUGGUGUGUUUCUGCUGAAAGUCCAGGCUACCGACGCAGACAGCCAUCAGUUUGGCAAAGUAAGGUACAGGCUUACAAAUGAGGGACCUUUCAGAAUUCACGAAGAGACGGGCGUGAUUUCGGUAGCAGAGCCGUUGGAUAGAGAACAGCAGGACAGAUACCAACUGACUGUUCUGGCCCGGGACGGCGGCGAUCCUUCUCAGGAGGGCUCUGCUAUUGUGUCCAUAAACGUACUGGAUCUGAAUGACAAUCCUCCAGCCUUUUCAACCCCACAUUUCUAUUUCUUUGUGUCUGAGAGCCUUCCACGACUUUCCCAAGUUGGGAAAGUCACAGUAAGCGAUACUGAUGAAGGGGACAAUGGAAGAAUAGUGGAUGUGCGUAUUUUAAAUGAAAAGGUCCCUUUUGCCAUAGACCUGGCGCAAGGAUCGCUCCGCAGCACUGGUGAAGUCGAUCGUGAGAAGCAGGACCGCUAUGAGCUUCUGGUUGUAGCCACAGAUGGCGGCAGACCGGCUCUUUCCACUACAGUGAAAAUGACCGUUUUUGUUGAGGAUGUCAACGAUAAUCAACCCAAGGUCCUUCUUCCUAGCAGCAACCUCUCCUGUCAGACCAUAUCUCCAGCCACCCGAGCAGGGAGCAUGAUAACAAAGAUCUACGCCAUUGAUGAGGACUCAGGAAUGAAUUCGGACAUCACUUACCAAAUUGUUGCAAGUGAACCGGCUCUCCAAAGCCCCUUCCAGAUUGAUCAGCACUCAGGAAACAUCACCCUGGUCCAGCAUCUACGCAGCGAGGACUACGGCAUGCACCACCUCUUCGUAGUCAUUCGCGAUGGAGGAAAGCCAGACCCGCUGCAGACCACCGUGUGGGUCAACCUGCUGGUCAACGAGACUCGGGAAAAAUGUCACGUGAGCGCCGUGCCAGAAUACCUGCCAGCGACACUGCCACCUCCGAUGCCGCUCAAAGACUGCAGAGGCGAAUCAAAUGCCUGGCUUGUUUUUUUUCUCAGUGGCCUGGCCCUUAUGCUCAUAUCAGGCUGUGUUCUUCUGGCAGUUGUAGUGAUGUUUAUGAAGCACAAACGCACAAAAAGGAAAGUGAAAAAAAAGAAUGCAUGGGAAACUGGAAAUCUCUGUGAACUGAAGCCUUUAAACUGAAGCAAGGGCUAUGCAGAUAUACCAGUUAUGUAUAAAAAUAUGACAAAAGUUUGGGGGAAAAAAACUAUUGAUAACCUGCAAAUAGUAUUCUUCGACUUUUGGUUAGUAUUAUACUUUCGGUUAGUAUUAUAAUAGUAAUAUCAUUGUAAUACUAGAAUAAAUAAAACUAAAUAUAUUAGUAUGAGUUUGGCCUACUAUGUCUGAGAUACUUGCUUCCUUUUCCUAGGAUGAUGUGUUUUUACCUUGCAAAUUUAAAAUAAAAAACUUUUUAAAGCAUAAUAGAUAAAUAUGAAUGAAUUGUUGCACUUAAGGACUGUGUUCUGUUCAUUCUUUGUCAGCAAUGGUGUGACAUUGAUUGAAGUGAAAUUAAAAUAUUUACAGGUGCAGUCUUGCAGGAAGAAAAAUGCACUUGUCUGGAUUGUUCUCAUGUUUCUCCUCUUAAUGUCGGCAAGAGUUUAUGAGAGGUUGUGUUGAUGCCUGCAGCCUGCAAUCAGCACCAUCGUCUAGAUCAUGAAACAAUAUAACCGUUUUUAUCUGGUAUGCUGAUUUAAACCAUUGACUGCAAAUUCUGGCAUUCUGAAAAAUGAAAAUAUUGGUUGACCCUGUUUAUUUUCUUAACAGCAGCUCCUACUGUGCACAGUUCAUCAGACCAGUUCAUGUUCACCAAAAGCCAAAUAACAUUUUAGGCAUUGUUUUAGUCAUCACAGCUUUCUCAAAUCUUGGCAGUAUAGUUAAUUAAAUCCAGAAUUCUGGUUGAUGUUAAUGAAAUAAACACAGAAGGCUGAAUAAAUAUACAUUAUAAAGAAGCAUUACCAUUGGGAUACAUUGAGAUGUUCUUGAGAGUGAGCUUGACCUUCGUCCUUGAUAACCUUCAGGCUUACACGUUAUAAAACGGCCACUUUUCCAAUCAAUUCCUGAUGGAUAAAAUCAAGUCCUUCCCCUUUUUUUGUGAAUGUAAUGUUUCACUCAGAAAUAUGUCACAUUAAGGAAGCAAAAUGGGGUUUGCGUUGAUUGUCCAAAUUCUUAUUUCAAGAGGUUAAAGUAGAUUCAUCAAAAUUCAAAUAACCUCUAAUGCCCUCUAAUAAUCUCUAAUCUGUAGCAAUGUUACAAUCAACAAAUGCUUUUUAUGGUGACUAACAGUGCAUGGAAAAGGUUAUGAUAAUCUCAAUAUCAUUCAUCUCAUACCCGCAGGUUUUCUAACCAACAGUCCCUUUCUCAGCCUAUUCAGGAGGUACAGAGACUCAGUAAACAUGCAUGGAAUGAGGAACCUGUAAAUGAUUCUAUUUUGAAUGCAGGUGAUUUGGACACAAACAUGGAUGAAAGAAGUUGUCUUACAACCACCACAAGUGAAAUCUUGAAAGAAAACUACAGAAUACAACAGAAAACACUACAAUACUGUGACAAAGAGACAGUUCCCAAGAAGUGUAGCAGACAUGACACAGGGUUUUGUCAAUGACACAAAACAAAAGACAUGUUUGGGCAGGAUGGAUGAAUGUAGGUGGAAUGGGACAGCACUUCCCGAAUAGCAAAGAAGAUAUGAGAACUUAAUCUUGUAAAAAAAAAAAACUGUUGUGCCGUAACUUCCGCAUACAGGUUAGAAAAAUGCUUCACAGAUUAUUCUCAAAUUACAUCAAUAUCCGUUGCUGCUCCUCUUCCUUAUAUGCCUCAAUCUGUUUUUCAUCCUUUCACUUUUUAUACCCACUGAAAGAAAAAUAAAGUCAAAAAGCUGAAUA